CCUCAUUAGGGUUUAACAGUCGCAUUAUCCAACAUUUCAACUCAGGAAACAAAAAGUUAUCUGUAAACGCUGUGGGGAGUUAUGGAAGAUGGCAGAGGGGAAGGAGAGAGACUAACGCUUGUGGUUAGAAAGCCCUGUUUUGGGCUGCCCACCGCCUGCCCGAGGUGCUUGCCCGUCUACAUUUAUCUAAAAUUUUCCAAGAGCCCAUUUGAUUUGGAGUACAAUGGCAUUCGCCCUGAUUCUGAUCAAAUACCCUUUGUUGAAUCCGGUGAUUACGUGGCCUAUGAUAACGAGAAAGGUGGAGUCAUUCAGAAAUUGAAGGAAGAUGGCAUUAUUGAUUUGGACUCUGGGAUCAGCGGUGUACCCGAAUGGGUGUCUGUAAGGGCGAUGGUUGAGUCGUGGCUUGCAGAUGCAGCGAUGUAUGAGCUCUGGUUGGGGUCUGAGGUUAAGUCAGCUCAGAAGAUCUAUUACUCUGACCUCCCUUGGCCAAUAGGGAAAUUUCUGUACCAUAAGCAAGUUCGUGUUGUGAGACAAUAUCUUGGGAUCACGCCAGAAAAUGCAGAAAGAAGAGAAGAAGAGAUAUACGGCAAAGCAGUCCAGGCUUAUGGUGCACUAUCAUCUUUGUUAGGGGAACAGUCGUUUUUCUUUGAAAGCAGGCCAACGAGUUUGGAUGCAGCUUUUCUUGGGCAUGCGCUCUUUACCCUGCAUGCAUUACCUGAAACAUCGGUUCUAAGAAGCAAGCUCUUGGGUCAUGCUAAUCUCGUUAGUUAUGCCGAGAAUCUCAACACUGAGUACCUAAAUGCAACUUCAUCAUCCUCAUCAGUCCCCAAGACAGAUCCCUCAUCAUCUUCAAGGCGUAGCUCUUCACACUGGAGAUCAAAACCUAAGAGCAAACCUAAAAGGGAGAAGACAGAGGAUGAAAAGAAGUUCAGAAGGCGGGCCAAAUACUUUCUGGCAACUCAACUUGUGGCCGUUCUGAUUUUUGUCUCUUUACUUGGUGGGUCUAAUGAUGCUGAUGUGGAGCUUGGGGACGACAAUGACGUGGAUUACGAGUAGGAAUCAACUUGCCAUGUAGACAUUUUCGGGCUUUCAAUGGGAACGAUGAUGACAUUGAUUACGAGUAGGAAUUGACUUGAUGUGCAGGUUUUUUCGGGUUUUCACUGCUUGAUUACUUGUUUUGCGCGCUCGAGAUUUGAAAGUUCAUGCAUAUAUACUAGUCAUUGAAUAUUGGGCCAAACUGUGAUUGUGCAUCCUGAAGUAUGUUGAAUGAUUGGAGUUGAGGGAUGAUGCCUUAUUUCGCAAUUUGGGCAAACAUUUGCUUGGCAAAUAUACUGCUAAUUAAUAGGGUAAAGGCGGGUCUCGGUCCCAGCAUGGAGUAAUAUUGUUCUCUAUCAUGUCUGUUUUGCAAUUUACAUGAUGAAAAAUUUAUAGAUUAUAUGCAUGUGAAUAGUGCACUCAUAAAUCUAGUUGAAAAUUGAAAAGCUUAUACUUGAUAAGUUAGCUCAUAAUUUAUGAUAGUGGGGGUUCUAGUAGACGAUGAUUUUGAUCAUCGACAAUGUGAGGACGGGGUGACUGUCGGUGGUGGUGCUUUUGUCGAGGCAUUGGAUUUUAGAGGCUGAGAACAUCUCCCUCUGUGGUCCCGACUGGCGGGGACAGAGGAGAUGAUCUUUUGGGUUGGGACCCUCUUUGAAAAAUAAUAUAAGUCUUGAGGACUUAUCUAUAAUUUCAAAACCUUAAAUAUUUACACAUUUGUUCGUCGGCA